CAGCUACCACACCUCUACGACGAGAUCCUAAACCAUCCUAACACGUCGGAUGAGCUGCGUCGGACGACAGAGUCAAAGCUCCUUCGCCUCAAGCAGCGCCUGCUCAAUGCUCUGCCAGCUGCGCAGAAGGCGAAGGUUGCCGCAGAACUCGACGAACUCGUCAGCGGGAUGGUGCUACUGGGUAUCAGAGACGAGCUCGCAUGGACACUCUUUAUCGAGAACAAGGAUGCCGAGCACAUUGGUAUGUCUCCAUGA